ACUUCGCUGUCGGUCAUGUCUCUUAAACCUACGUGGAUGAUUAUCUCUUCGCAAGUACACUAUAUCCGCUGCAGUGUAUUUUAUUAUGAAUAUAGACUAAAAAAGACUUCAGUAAAUGAUUUAAGGUUCCCGUGGACACCAGCCAGGACAUUAAGGGAUUUAAUAACAUGGACCUAUUUGUAACCUGACGCAACACAACUCACCGCCUGCUAAAGGCUAACUUAGAUAGCUAGCUAAUAGUGUAGUGGAAAACGUGUUAGACUGAAUGUAAGAUGUUACAACCAUACUGGACAAUCAUUUACAGCUUAGUUACAGCUUAAAUCAAGCUAAUCAUACUAUACUUCCAUAUAUGUGUGCCUUUAGCUACGAGCUGCAGGAAACUGGAGGUAGUUUUUCAAAAUAAAAGUGUGAAGAAAUAAUUUAAAAUUUCCUAUUUGAUGGAGUCAUAUCUGCUUAAUUCUGGGUGAUCAUAAAAUGCCCUAGAAGGAUUCUGGUAGUAUAUAUGGUGUGUUUCUGAAUGUAAGGCGUUAUUUACGUUUUGACUCGAUUUCUUGCUAAUCACUCAGAGUUGUAUUUUGAAAAGCCAGUUUUUGUUAUUGCCUGCCAAAGUUUAACAUUUGGUGGUGCUUGUCAUAACUCAGUAUACCUCUUCCCUGAUAAGCAGCAUGGGCCUCAGACUAGGUGUGAGUUGCACUGUGUUAUUCAUCUUACUGGAUAUUGUCAUCACCACUGUCCUAUACACACACGGGGCACACUUAACUAUAUUCAGAGAGGAAGUCCUGGACUUUAACAUCCUCCAGUCAGCAUUGGAUCUUUGGGGGACUGUGCUGCUCCGAGCCUCCCUUCUGCUGGGAGCUUCCAUAGGUGUGUCAUGGAACAACGAGGAUGGCCCACCGAGGGUCACUACCCUCAACAACCUCAUUCUCCUCAUCUGCCUGAUCGUCAUCACUUAUGCCCUGGCCAAGCUGCUGAUGCUGUCUGAGCUGGAGCCUCUGACACACCAGCCCUGGCUCCUGAGCCUGAUAUGCUGGACUUGUGCCUCCUCUCUGGGUGUGAUGCUGCUCUGGAGGUCGCUGGGGAAGAAGCCUGGCUCGGUGAGCAGUCACAACAGCAGCAGCAGCAGCAGUAGAGGAGGAGGAGGAGGAGGCUGUGAGGACACUGAGAAACUGGUGGGGUCAGCUGAUGAGGAGGAGCAGGAUGCGAGUUGUGAGAGGAAGAAGCGAAAGGAGGAGGGAAACGAGGAGAAAGAGAAGAGCAGCUCUGGGGCUACACUGGGACGUUUGAUAGCCAUCUGCAGGAAGGAUGCGUGGCUGCUGUCUGUAGCUGUCCUCUUCCUCUUCAUCUCUGCUGUGUGUGAAGCCUUCAUACCGUAUUACUAUGGGAUGGCCAUAGACAGCAUUGUAGUUCACAAGAGCAUGGAGUACUUUGCUAAACCGGUCAUUACACUGGCAGUGCUGGCCUUAGCCAGUUCACUUGCAGUGGGAGCGCGUGGAGGAGUCUUCACCCUGACAUUUGCUCGAUUAAACCUUCGGCUCAGGAACCUUCUCUUCAGAACUCUGAUGAGGCAGGAAAUUGCCUUUUUUGAUGAAAACCACACAGGUGACAUCAUUUCACGCCUGUCAGCGGACACCACCCAAGUGAGUGAUCUCAUCUCCCAGAAUGUCAACAUUUUCCUGAGGAGCACCAUCAAGGGCGCUGGCUUCUUCAUCUUUAUGUUUAAGAUGUCCUGGAAGCUCACGCUGGUGACCGUCAUGGGAUUCCCUUUCAUUGCCGUGGUCUCUAAAGUUUAUGGAGAAUACUAUAAGAAACUGACCAAAGAAGUGCAAACAACUCUUGCAGAGGCCAAUAAAGUUGCAGAAGAAACCAUUUCAGCCAUGAGGACAGUGCGGAGCUUUGCCAACGAAUGCGGGGAGGCCGACUCCUACUACACCAAGCUCUUAGUCAUGUUCCAGCUCAACAAAAAGCAGGCCUUGGCCUAUGCUUGCUACAUGUGGUCCAGUUGUAUUUCAGAACUGGCUUUAGAGGUCGCUGUCCUCUACUAUGGUGGGCACCUUGUGGUUACUGGUCAGAUGACUAGUGGUGCCUUGAUAUCUUUCUUCAUAUACAUGCUCGAGCUGGGAGAAUGUCUAGAGAGCAUUGCGUCUGUGUACACGGGCCUCAUGCAGGGAGUGGGAGCUGCUGAGAAGGUUUUUGAGUACCUGGACAGGAAACCCAAACACCCAGCUGAUGGCACAGAGGCUCCAGACACAUGUACCGGUGUGGUUGAAUUUAAAGACAUCACGUUUGCCUACCCAACACGUGCUGAGGUUGAUAUUCUCAAGGGAGUGUCUUUCACCCUGCGGCCCGGAGAGGUCACGGCCCUCGUGGGACCCUCAGGCAGUGGGAAGAGCUCCUGUGUGAGUCUGCUGGAAAACUUCUACCUUCCUCAACAAGGCCAAGUGUUGCUGGAUGGAAAACCUGUUCACACCUUCAAGCAUGACUACCUCCACUCCAAGGUCGCUCUUGUGGGCCAAGAGCCUGUCCUGUUUGCCCGCACUGUUGAGGAAAACAUCACCUACGGCCUGAGUGACGUCCCCAUGGAGGCUGUGGUGCAGGCUGCCACAAAGGCUAACGCUCAUGACUUUAUCAGCAACCUCCCCAAAGGCUAUCAGACAAGUGUUGGAGAGAAGGGCACCCAGCUGUCAGGAGGGCAGAAACAAAGAGUGGCCAUCGCAAGAGCUCUCAUCCGCAACCCACACGUUCUUAUUCUGGACGAGGCGACCAGCGCUCUGGAUGCAGAAAGUGAGCACAUUGUGCAGCAGGCUCUGAACAACAUCAUGCAGGAGCACACAGUGCUGGUGAUCGCCCACCGGCUCAGCACAGUGGAGAAGGCGGACAACAUCAUAGUGAUCGACAAGGGCCGUGUGGCUGAACAGGGCCCUCACAGUAAGCUAAUGGCCAGCGGGGGGCUCUACUGCAAGCUGGUGCAGAGGCAGGUCCUGGGCAUAGAGACAGGAGCUGAGGUCCUAAACCCAUCCGAAAACCACAGCUGGAAGCCUGAUACAGCGCGUCAGCUGAGCAGACAAAGCAGCAGCACCAGCGAGUCUGAGUGCAAUGUUCGCUACUGAGAAUGAACUGCAGUGUGUGGAAAUGGGAUUGGACUGCUGCUUAAACCAUAUGUACUGUAGGACUAUAUGACAUUUUGUGCAGAUAAUCUGUAGCUUAAACAGAAUAUAGGCGCUCCAGGGAAAUUUAGAACCUUGAUCUAUUUUAAUGAGGAACUUGAUCAAUUAUCAUGUUAGACUUGGUUUAGGUGAAAAUCCACAUACAGACAAACUGAGAAGCAUUGUUAAGUUAUAAAUAUACAGUCGAAUGUAUCAAAACAUAUCAAAGAGGGUCCACAUUGUCACUGGACAUAAAACUUGAAUGGGUGACCAGCAUGAUCACUAACUGGUACAUUAGCUUUAAGAUGAGGCAAUAUGUUGCUGCUGACUGUAUAAGACUGUGUGUGUUUGUACUUUUGAGUACCUCAUCAUCACACUCCAGAUUGAGAACUUGUUGUUUUACUCAGCUCGUGGUGUUUCUUUUCAGGGUGGUUAAACUAAAUGUAUUUGUAAUUCCACAAGUAAGUUGUGUAAUGAUCACACAGAAGAGUCAGGUGCUUUUGGCUGUGGAACUUAAUGCACUGUAGAGAGCUAUGAUUGUCAGGGAUUAAGAUAAAAUAAUUAAUGGCAUUACACAUACAUAAUGUAAAUGAACACUAUAUAUAAUGAAUACUGUAAAAAUAUACUACAUGUAGUCCUUUAUGGUUACACACAUGCUGGAUAAAUGCCAUAUGCUACAUUCACUGUCUCCUGGUUAACUCCCCUUUCUGUUUUCAGUCAGUGGAAACACGGGCAUACUUGUGACUUGCGUAGUAAUAGGCAUACUGUGAUGGAUCAUGAAACAUGAGUUGUAUUUGGGGGUGUUUUGUCUAGUAUAAUACUGCGACUUUCCUUUUAAUCAUAUGUAUCAAAUUUAUCACGUUGGUGUAAAAUCAUUUGCCUGCA